AGGCGUAUUUCAUUAGCUAGUCCAUGCCAGCUUUUCAAAGCCUCUAAUAUGACCCAGCGAUGGCAACACAGAGAGAUUUCAAAUUUUGAGUACUUGAUUUUUCUCAACACAAUAGCAGGACGAAGUUACAAUGACUUAAAUCAGUAUCCAGUGUUUCCCUGGGUCAUCACUAACUACGAAUCAGAAGAACUGGAUCUUACCUUGCCCAGCAACUUCAGAGAUUUGUCAAAGCCAAUAGGAGCUUUGAAUCCAAAAAGAGCAGCAUUCUUUGCAGAGCGUUAUGAAUCAUGGGAGGACGAUCAAGUUCCCAAGUUUCACUAUGGUACUCAUUACUCAACUGCGAGUUUUGUUCUUGCAUGGCUGCUAAGAAUAGAACCCUUUACAACUUAUUUUCUAAAUUUGCAAGGAGGGAAAUUUGAUCAUGCAGAUCGAACUUUUUCAUCAGUUUCUAGAGCUUGGCGAAACAGUCAGCGUGAUACAUCUGAUAUUAAGGAGUUGAUCCCUGAAUUUUAUUAUCUCCCUGAGAUGUUUGUCAACUUCAAUAAUUAUAAUCUUGGAGUGAUGGAUGAUGGGACAGUAGUGUCUGAUGUCGAACUUCCUCCUUGGGCCAAAACCUCAGAAGAUUUUGUUCGCAUAAACAGAUUGGCCCUGGAGAGUGAAUUUGUUUCCUGCCAGCUUCACCAAUGGAUUGAUCUCAUUUUUGGCUAUAAGCAGCAAGGACCAGAGGCUGUCCGAGCCCUCAAUGUAUUCUAUUACCUGACCUAUGAAGGAGCUGUCAAUCUGAAUUCAAUAGCCGAUCCUGUGUUAAGAGAGGCUGUCGAAGCUCAAAUCCGAAGUUUUGGACAGACGCCUUCUCAGCUACUCAUAGAACCCCAUCCUCCCAGAGGCUCUGCCAUGCAGGUGUAUCUCCUCCUGCAGAGUCCAUUGAUGUUCACAGACCAAGCCCAGCAGGAUGUUAUCAUGGUCCUCAAGUUUCCCUCCAACUCCCCUGUCACUCAUGUGGCAGCCAACACCCAGCCUGGUUUGGCAACUCCUGCUGUGAUAACAGUCACUGCUAACAGAUUAUUUGCCGUGAACAAGUGGCACAACCUUCCUGCUCAUCAAGGUGCUGUACAAGACCAGCCAUACCAGCUGCCAGUGGAAAUCGAUCCUCUCAUAGCCAGCAAUACAGGAAUGCACAGGAGGCAAAUCACUGACCUGUUAGACCAGAGUAUUCAAGUGCAUUCCCAGUGCUUUGUCAUCACUUCAGACAACCGCUACAUUCUCGUCUGUGGCUUCUGGGAUAAGAGUUUCCGAGUUUAUUCUACAGAUACAGGAAAAUUGAUCCAAGUAGUGUUUGGCCAUUGGGAUGUCGUCACUUGCCUCACUCGUUCUGAGUCGUAUAUUGGGGGAAAUUGCUACAUUCUCUCAGGGUCACGUGACGCAACCCUUCUGCUAUGGUACUGGAAUGGAAAAAGCAGUGGGAUUGGAGAUAAUCCUGGCAGUGAGACCACUACUCCUCGGGCCAUUCUGACAGGCCACGACUAUGAGAUCACGUGUGCUGCAGUCUGUGCUGAACUAGGCCUGGUGUUAAGUGGUUCUCAAGAAGGACCAUGUCUCAUACAUUCCAUGAACGGAGACCUGCUGAGGACCUUGGAGGGUCCUGAAAACUGCCUGAAACCAAAACUCAUUCAGGCUUCAAGAGAGGGUCAUUGUGUCAUAUUCUAUGAAAAUGGCCUCUUCUGUACGUUCAGUGUGAAUGGAAAACUCCAGGCCACUGUGGAAACAGAUGACAACAUAAGAGCCAUCCAGCUGAGCCGAGAUGGGCAGUACCUGCUCACAGGAGGAGACGGUGGGGUGGUCGUGGUCCGGCAGGUAUCGGACCUCAAGAAGCUCUUUGCCUAUCCAGGCUGCGAUGCUGGCAUCCGGGCCAUGGCACUGUCCUACGACCAGAGGUGCAUCAUUUCCGGCAUGGCUUCAGGAAGCAUUGUUCUGUUUUACAACGAUUUUAACCGGUGGCAUCACGAAUACCAAACCCGCUACUGAUGAUGACAGCUGCACAUUGGCCCUGUGCCCCCAGCUGGGCAGGGGAGUACCCGAGCAUCGUUCUCUUAGAAAUAGCGAUCACAUCUGAAUGUAACUUAAAUUUGCUCGAAGAAGCAAAAUAUUUUUUAAAAUUGCUAUUUUUGUAGACUUUGCUUGACUUUUGGGGGGGAACAGCAAAGCAGAAAACUGGCUGCUGGGUUCUGUAGUUUUAAAAAAUCUAUAUUUUUAGUCAUAAUGAGAAGUCUAUUUUCAGCAAUUAUGGAAACAUACAGUGGAGCAAGUCAACCCACUUAUUCUAGCUACAUUAUGAAAAAUGUUUCCCGUUUAUCUACAAUCUUGAGAAAUGUGAUUUUAACAGUGGGGAAAUGGGUUAAAAUACCGGGAUGGGGGAUUUUAUGCUGUAAUUUGGGUUCUGUAUUUUUCCAAACAAUUGUGCUUCUUUCAGCACUGAAAUUUCUGGGAUCUAAGUAGGUAUGUUUAAAUUAUGGUAAAUGUAAUUUAAAACAUCUCAAUGAAUUAUUUCUAUCAAUGUUAUUCUUCGAGCAUGUUUUAGACCUAGAAAAGUAUGGUUUGGGAGAGGCUCUUUUAUUUUGUUGUGUGGUUAAUGUGAAGGAUCCUAAGUUAUAGCAAGUGUGAAAUAGUUCCCGUUUUUUUCCUGGUCUGUUGUCUUCAGAGCACAACAGAGUGAAAGGAUGGAAGUGCUCUGGGUUCACCACCUUUGUUUUUCUGUUAAACGCAAGUACCAAAGCUCACUCCUGAGGCUUGCCCGUGCCCAUGCAAUGAGGCACAGCCAUCGCUAACGCUGCCCCCCGCCCCCCACCGGUUGAGAACAGAGGCUACCUGGUGCUGUAUUAAGCAACACCCAUUCUACCUUCUAUUUGUUAUUAAACUAUCUCCACCCUCCUUUUGAUUAGGAAUUUGUACUAAGAAACAAUGUUAUUUUGGUGUUGUAUAAUUCUACUUUUCUAGUAGAUUGCUGUGUGGAGUUCUGUGAAAAAUAUUUGAGAAAAGAUCUGUAUUGCAUAAAUCAGUUCUUUGUAUGUUGUGAACUUUGAGUUGAAACUAACAUUCUAGCUCUAUUUCUCUUGCAACUUACCUGAAGUGGUCACUCUUUUUUCCUACACACUCGGCUAUUCUCUAAAAGCAAAGGUUUGGAAUGAACAAUUCUGUUUGACAGAAAAAGCGGAAUAAAAUGGCAUUUGUAAUUGAA